CCAAGGAAGCUUCGCAUCACACCAUAAACACUUAGAAUCUUUCAGUCCCUAUUCACUCCAUCAUCGCACCUACUGCAAGACAAUGGUUUUCACAAGCUCUCCGAAACCCAAGAUUGAUGCGUCCAAGCUCAAGGGCUUUAGGGAUGCCGCGUUCUCGUCGGUAGGGAACUUCAUCAAGCUCCUCCCAACGGGGACGGUCUUCACGUUCCAGUUCCUCAACCCCCUCCUGACCAACAAUGGCCACUGCGACGACCCCAACGAGCUCCUCAGCCGCCUCCUUAUCAUUGCCGGCGCCUUCUCGUGCGCCUUCUCUUGCUUCACUGAUAGCUACACUGGCUCCGAUGGCAAUGUGCACUAUGGCUUCGCCACAGGUAAAGGGCUAUGGCCCUCACCGGCCUCUGAAUUGGUCGACUUGUCCAAGUACAAGCUCAAGGGCAGCGACUUUGUGCAUGCGUUGCUCUCGACCAUUGUUUUCAUGGUCACGGCCCUGCUGGACCCGAACACAGUGGAGUGCUUGUACUCGUCAUCGUACAAGAAGGACCAUAAGGUCUUGCUCAAGGCUGUGCCUGCGGUGAUCGGCGCGAUUUCUAGCGCGGUUUUCAUGGCAUUCCCUAGCAACAGGCAUGGGAUUGGGUAUCCUUUUUCUAGUGACGACUCCGAUGAUCAAAGUGCUUCCAAGGAGGUGGAAUGAUUUAAAAGGGAAGCUUUCAUAUGUGAUUUGCUGGUCUGUGUAGUUGUUUAUUGGAGGUGCGUGUGCUUGUGUUGUGGUGUCUAGGAUUUGUGUUGUAUGGUUGUAACUUUCUUGCUCUUACUAUAUUUUAAUAAAGAGUAUGUCAGUUAUGUGAA